AAGGUAUGAGGGCCCCACAGUGGACUCCUGAAAUCAGUUGCAGAGAAUGAGGACCUUCCCCCAUCAUCAAUGAUUAGGGCUUUAGGGAAUUAAGAAAUGAAGUCAAUCACUUGCUAACAUUCCUGUGUAGGGCUUCUGGGGUGCUAAUUGGGUAUAUAUAUGUGUCCAGUCCUUUGCUUGUCCUCAGUGCAAUUAAUCGAGCUUCUCACACCCAUAGGCUUAUAGCACUAUACACAUACACACUCAUACAUAUUAAUGGAGUCUCUUGGUGUUUUUGCUGAGGGAGAUCAAUGGGAGUGCUUCAGCAGAUUGUUCUCUAACGAAGAUCAAGAGCUAGAUUUCACACCGCAUUUUCUUGGUCAGGAAGGUUCAUUUCCUUUCCAACACAAUGAGGGAUUCAAUUUUGAAACCCCAACCACCCUUUUCCCCAAUCCUGAAGCUGGUGAUGAAAUGGGAUUGAACAGGUUCAAUCAGAGCUUCUUUCAUUCUUUAGACUCUCUCAGCUCUAAUAUGCACUAUCUUCCUCAAGAAAAUAAUUCUGGUUAUAGUGCUAGCAGUGGCAUUUUUACUGCCAUUCUGAACCCGGAGAAUUACUACUUUGGUGGUAACUCUUGCCAUACCCCAAUGAGUAAUGACAUCUCUACAUCCGUUGAUGUUUCUAUGACUGGUAAUACUGAGAGCAAUUUUGGGUCAUUCAUCCCCUCAUUUAGUGACAUUGGGAUGGAAGGAGCUGUCUGUAACACUGAAUAUUCCGGCAGUGGCAGAAUGGGCUUUUCAGAUGACAGUCAACCACCAAAGGAACUGCAACUCAAGAGGAUGCAUGAUGCGGCGGCAGAGAAAUCCAACACUAAAGAUGCAUCUGAGAGUAAUCCAAAGAAGAAACCCCGUUUGUCGAAAGAUAAAACUAAGAAGAGCAAUGCGAGGUCAAAGAAGGGCCAAAAGGCUAACUCAGAUCUGAAGGUGAAAGAUGAAGACGAGAGUAACACAGGAGUGGACAGACAGAGCUCUAGCUCUUAUAACAGCUCUGAGGAUGACAAUGCUUCUCAAGAAACCAAUGGGGCAGGAGAAAUUUCAGACCCCAAAUCAUCAUCAGCCCUUAACUUGAAUGGCAAGACAAGAGCCAAUAGAGGGUCUGCUACUGAUCCCCAGAGUCUCUAUGCUAGGAAACGAAGGGAGAGAAUCAACGAGCGAUUGAGAGUCUUGCAGAAUCUUGUCCCUAAUGGAACAAAGGUUGACAUCAGCACAAUGCUGGAAGAGGCAGUCCAUUAUGUCAAGUUUUUACAGCUCCAGAUCAAGCUUUUGAGCUCCGAUGACAUGUGGAUGUAUGCUCCUAUUGCUUAUAACGGAAUGGAUAUCGGUCUCGACCUGCAUAAGAUGUCUCCACUUCUAUGACACAGCAACAAGAUGCUGUAUUUUUUUUUUCCCAUUCCCUUUCUAAUUGAUAAUUAUCAAUAUAUAGCAGAGAAGAACAAAAAAAGAAUUAAAUGUAUAUUAAUUUAAAUUCCUAACUUGUAAUGAGUUGAAUUAAAUAAGCUCCAGUUUCUAUCACGAGGAGAAUCCUCAGUUAUUUAAUAUAUGAACACGU